GGCGCUCUGGCUAAUUUAGCACAUUUUUAUACACGUGCCAUUUAUUUUGAUUGCGUUUAUUUACAUUUUUUAUUUUUAAUAUAUCUUCGACUAAGAUAAUGAACGUCAGCGAGGACUUUAAGCCGGUGCCCACCAAGGCGGCACUGGCCUUACAGAAGAAACAACAGGCCAGCAGCGAGUUCAAGGCGCUGGUUUUCCAGGAACCACAAUAUCUACCGAAAUCUAAAUCAGAUUCCAAGCCGCUAGAUCAGGAGGAAUCGCAACCAAAGGCCGCCCACAAGAUCAAGGAAGCCGGAAUGGAGUUGAAUCCGGAGUUUGACAUAAAGAAGGCACGCCACGAGAUCCUGAACUUUGCCACAAGGAAUCAGCGCGUCAUCAAGAACAAGCGCAAAAUGGAGAUGUUCCAGCUGGCCAAGCUGGGUGCCAAGCCGCUGAAGAAGCCGGCACGCAACUACAAGGAGCUGAAGGAUGAGCGCCAGCGACUGCAUAACAUCCGCGAGGAGCGGAAGAAGUUCCAUCAGCUGGGCAAGAACCAAGCCGGUGCGGCAAGCGUCAAGUGCCGGACCAAAGGACAAAAGGAACGAAACCAGAAGAAGCGGGCGCCCGUCUCCGCCAUCGAUCAGCAUUAUGGCAAGGCGCAGCCAAAGUUCAAAGCGAGAAAGUAAAAGUGAUUUAACAAAUAAACUUAAUUUAGCUAAACCCUGUGAAAAGUGUAGAUUUGGGCAAGUGCGGGAAUGUGGGAAUGUGUAGAAUGCAAAUAUGAUUGCAAUUGAUAAUCGGUAUCGAUUUUUCCAUGCUUUUUACAUUUAUUAACAAUUAGAAUUGUUAAUUUAAACAAUUAAUUGCAAUUUUAUAAAUAAAAAACA